UUUGAUUCGCUGCCUGGUCGUGCAUAUUAAUGAGCUGGAGGCAGCGGGCAGCUUUUUAAAAGGCUGACGGAGACAGAGAGAGUCCUCAGCGGCGGACUGGCAGCUCAUCCAAGCGCUCCAGACGCACGGACGGGUUGCGCAACCAGCCAGCGACGCAGCAGAGCGCCUUUUCCGUGGUGCCGGACGCGCUCUGUCAUCACUUCAUCGCGUGAACUUGAAACAAAUCGGAUUUUUGACAACUUUGUUUCUCAAACACCCCCAUUUUUCCAACUGUGGAGACAUGGGUCGGUGCACAGUGGUCAUUCUUUUGCUGAUGGUGUCCGUAUACGUCCUGAGCGCAGAAGCCUACAAGUGUCGGUGCACCAGAAAAGGACCAAAGAUCAGAUACAAGGAUGUGCAGAAGCUUGAGAUCAAACCCAAACACCCUUUCUGCCAGGAGAAGAUGAUCUUCGUGACAAUGGAGAACGUGUCUCGGUUUAAGGGCCAGGAGUACUGUCUCCAUCCCAAACUUCAGAGCACCAAGAAUCUGGUUAAAUGGUUCCGGAUUUGGAAGGAUAAGCACAGGGUGUAUGAAGCCUAAAACAUGGCCUACACAGAACACAUGGAUCAAACAAGAUUUUAAAAAAAGGGACAGCAUCCUCAUCGGGACAUUUUUAUGAAGAACCAAGUGGAGUCGCACUUCUCCCCCUAUGGCUCAUGUUUACUCAAGAACACACAAUGUUCUCCCUAGUUUGUACAUAAUCUGGUGGGCUUUUUAUUGGGCCUUUGUUUCUAGCUACAUCACUUACUUUUUCAGUCUUUUUGCAAGUGCAUUUCAUUCUGAGAGAUAGUGAAGGAGACAGCGCCAUCUGUCUGUGAGCGGUGGGGCUUAUCAAGAGAUUAUCCCCACAAAGUGAAGGCCAAUAGAGGAGUUUAGGGAUGUAGAUGAAAUCCAAUGUCCAUAUUUUCACUGAGUUCACCAUACGUGUCACCACUGAUCACAUAGGCGAUUCCCAGCUGUGUGUAUUAAACACUUUUUCAAAAGAAAAGCACAAACUCACACCAAACUAAAACAUCCUCUCCUCCAGAUAAGACGGGUAAUAAGCAGUCCUAGUAGAAGCUGUUACAUCAAAGUGCGCAUGUGUCUCACUGAUGAAAAUGAAAAUUGUUUUAUUUGAUCACCUUUUUUCCUUUUUACAUAUAUUUUGGAUUGUAUUUUUGGGUAGAUAUUUAACAAGCUGAUCAAUUUUAAUGCAGAGACCACAACAGCACACGUCUUUGUACUUAUUUAAAGUUUUCUUUUGUUAGCUACAUUUUAUGACAAAACUCAAAGAGUUUGAACAAAGUCUUUUUUAGACAGCUCAGAAAGAAAACUUUAUUUUUUUAAUAGCAUAUCACUUUGUCGUUAGAAAGUCAUAACAUUGUAGAGUUAAGCAUAUAAGGCUGUGAUAAUACACUUGUGAAGAACUUUUUUUCAUCUUUUGGGAAUUUGACAAGAAAAGUCCUGAAUAUUUUCAGCUUAAUGUCUAAGAGGUUAUAUUUUUUCCCCUAACUUAAAAAAAAUGCAGAAAAUCCUCUGAAUUAUGACAACUGACCCCACAGAGAAAGUUAACUUUCAUUUAUAAUCCCCCUAAAAACCACAACUUUUUGUUUUAAUACAUUGUUUAUAUUCCACCUAAGAAAGUUUUGUGUGUCUGCAUGUACACAUCUGGAUCUAGUACAAUUUAUUCUUCUUUUGUAUGUGACAUAAAUGUGUAAAUGAUUAUUUUCCGAGUGCACUGAUAUGUUAAUGACAAUAAGUCAAUAUUUAGACUUUAGUGUCAUGCUUAUGUCAGUCUCAAAUACUGCAGGGUUUUUUUUUUAACUUUUUGGCGACGUAUGUUGUGAGGUUGUGCGUUUGGAGUGGCCCACCAAACACACACGUAGAUAUUUCAUGAAGUGCAAAAUAAUAAACACAGUAAUAAACUGUC